AUGGGCCCGUCGACAGUCGAUCUUUCGCACUUGUCCCCGGAGGAGAGAUGGAGGGUGGAGCACGCCCGGAUGCACGCCAAGCACCGCGGCCACGAGGCCAUGCACGCCGAAAUGGUCCUCAUCCUCAUCGCCACGCUGGUGGUGGCCCAGCUCCUCUUGGUCCAGUGGAAGCAGAGGCACCCCCGCUCCUACAACAUGGUGACCCUCUUCCAGAUGUGGGUGGUGCCCCUGUAUUUCACCAUCAAGCUGUACUGGUGGCGGUUCCUGGUAAUCUGGGUGCUCUUCUCGGCGGUCACAGCUUUUGUCACCUUCAGGGCAACUCGAAAACCUCUGGUGCAGACGACGCCCAGGCUGGUUUAUAAAUGGUUUCUACUAAUAUACAAGAUCAGCUACGCCACUGGAAUCGUAGGGUACAUGGCUGUGAUGUUUACACUUUUUGGUCUUAACUUAUUAUUCAGAAUCAAGCCAGAAGACGCCAUGGACUUCGGCAUCUCCCUCCUCUUCUACGGCCUUUACUACGGGGUGCUG